AUGAAACCAUCAACCGACUGUACUUGUGCCAUUGGGAUAAUCACAAUCAUUAGUUUUGUGUGCGGUGCCGGUGCCAAUUUCGGUGUGCGGAAUCAGACUGGAACUCAUCCGGGUGAUUUAAAUGAUGGGGCGAAAAAUCGAGACAAACGAUCGCUAUUUUUCCCGUACAAUGCUGCCCAGGGACUUAUUGCUGCCAUUGCAGUACCGUUGGGUGUACCGGAUCGGAACAUUUUUGUGUCGUACAAUUUUGAAAUCAACUAUAACAAUCCAACGCAAUCGAACAUUUUCACCGAGGGAUUCUUCAAUUAUAUUCGAGGCAUAGCACCGCCCCUGGAAUCGCCUGUGCUAAAAAUAAACCGUGCCUUAAAAGGAAACCCAGAAGUCGAAGAUGCUACCGAAAUCACCACCAGCGAGGAUGUACAACUCGAUACCAGCACUCUGGCCCAGAUGCAACGAAGAUCACCACGAGAUUUGUUUGAUCGAUACCCCAAGAAGUUUAUAACCCGUAAGAAGAUUUACCACGCGAUUGAAGAACAACUUAAAAAGAACGGUCUUAAUGGGAAAAAAUGUCUCCUGCGAACGAUAUGCGAAGCGGCCGAGAUUCCGAUGGUUGAUAACAAUGGCGUUAUCGGUGAUUUGAUUCAUAUCAUUCUCAGUCCAUCCACAUCGGAAGAUGAACAUCUCCCAGCAGAGUUCCACAAGGCGGAAAUAUUGGGUCUCGAAGGCAACUGUAGAAAGUACCGAAAGCACUGUAAGCUAAAUGUUCUAGAUCUGUUCAGUUUUCUGAUGGAAUAA